AUGCCAAGCACAACAGAAACAAUCACAACGAUCACGCCAAGCACAACAGAAACGAUCACAACGAGCACGCAAAGCACAACGGAAACUAGCACAACGAGCACGCCAAGCACUAUAGAAACAAGCACGCCAAGCACGACGGACACAAGCACGACGGACACGAGCACGCCAAGCACAACGAUCACGCCAAGCACAACGGAAACGAGCACAACGAUCAUGCCAAGCACAAUGGAAACGAGCACAAUGAACACGCCAAGCACAACGGAAACGAGCACGCCAAGCACAACAGAAACAAGCACAACGAGCACGCCAAGCACGACGGAAACGAGCACGCCAAGCACGACGGACACAAGCACGCCAAGCACGACGGAGACGAGCACGCCAAGCACGAUGGAAACGAGCACGACGGACAUGAGCACGCCAAGCACAACGAGCACGCCAAGCACAAUGGAAACAAUCACAACGAUCACGCCAAGCCCAACGGAAACGAGCACAACGAGCACGCCAAGCACGAUGGGAACGAGCACGCCAAGCACUAUAGAAACGAGCACGCCAAGCACGGCGGACACAAGCACGCCAAGCACGACGGACACGAGCACGCCAAGCACAACGAUCACGCCAAGCACAACGGAAACGAGCACAACGAUCACGCCAAGCACAACGGAAACGAGCACGCCAAGCACAAUGAGCACACCAAGCACAACGGAAACAAUCACAACGAUCACGCCAAGCACAACGGAAACGAGCACGCCAAGCACAAUGAGCACACCAAGCACAACGGAAACAAUCACAACGAGCACGCCAAGCACGACGGAAACGAGCACGCCAAGCACGAUGGAAACGAGCACGCCAAGCACGACGGACACAAGCACAACGAGCACGCCAAGCACAACGGAAACAAUCACAACGAUCACGCCAAGCACAACAGAAACGAGCACAACGAGCACGCCAAGCACGACGGACACGAGCACGCCAAGCACAACGGACACGAGCACGCCAAGCACGACGGACACGAGCACGCCAAGCACAACAGAAACGAGCACAACGAGCACGCAAAGCACAACGGAAACUAGCACAACGAGCACGCCAAGCACAACGGAAACGAGCACGCCAAGCACUAUAGAAAGAAGCACGCCAAGCACGACGGACACAAGCACGACGGACACGAGCACGCCAAGCACAACGAUCACGCCAAGCACAACGGAAACGAGCACAACGAUCAUGCCAAGCACAAUGGAAACGAGCACAAUGAGCACGCCAAGCACAACAGAAACGAGCACGCCAAGCACAACAGAAACAAGCACAACGAGCGCGCCAAGCACGACGGAAACGAGCACGCCAAGCACGACGGACACAAGCACGCCAAGCACGACGGAGACGAGCACGCCAAGCACGAUGGAAACGAGCACGACGGACAUGAGCACGCCAAGCACAACGAGCACGCCAAGCACAAUGGAAACAAUCACAACGAUCACGCCAAGCCCAACGGAAACGAGCACAACAAGCACGCCAAGCACGGCGGACACAAGCACGCCAAGCACGACGGACACGAGCACGCCAAGCACAACGAUCACGCCAAGCACAACGGAAACGAGGACAACGAUUACGCCAAGCACAACGAGCACGCCAAGCACAACGGAAACAAGCACGCCAAGCACAAUGAGCACACCAAGCACAACGGAAACAAGCACAACGAGCACGCCAAGCACGACGGAAACGAGCACGCCAAGCACGACGGAAACGAGCACGCCAAGCACGAUAGAAACGAGCACGCCAAGCACGACGGACACAAGCACGACGGACACGAGCACGCCAAGCACAACGAGCACGCCAAGCACAACGGAAACAAUCACAACGAUCACGCCAAGCACAACAGAAACGAGCACAACGAGCACGCCAAGCACAACGGAAACGAGCACAACGAGCACGCCAAGCACGAUGGAAACGAGCACGCCAAGCACUAUAGAAACGAGCACGCCAAGCACGACGGACACGAGCACGCCAAGCACGACGGACACGAGCACGCCAAGCACAACGGAAACGAGCACAACGAUCACGCCAAGCACAACGGAAACGAGCACAACGAGCACGCCAAGCACAACGGAAACGAGCACAACGAGCACGCCAAGCACAACGGAAACGAGCACAACGAGCACGCCAAGCACAACGGAAACGAGCACAACGAGCACGCCAAGCACAACGGAAACAAGCACAACGGAAACAAGCACAACGAUCACGCCAAGCACAACGGAAACGAGCACAACGGAAACAAGCACAACGGAAACGAGCACAACGAGCACGCCAAGCACAACGGAAACAAGCACAAUGAGCACGCCAAGCACGACGAGCGCGCCAAAACCAAGCACGACAAGCACGACUGACACGAGCACGGCAAGCACGACGGACACGAGCACGGCCAGCACGACGGACACGAGCACGGCCAGCACGACGGACACGAGCACGGCCAGCACAACAGAAACAAGCACGACAAGCACGACAGAAACAAGCACAACGAGCAUGCCAAGCACGAUGGACACGAGCACACCAAGCACGGCGGAAACGAGCACGCCAAGCACAACGGACACAAGCACGCCGGAAACGAGCACGCCAAGCACAACGAGCACGCCAAGCACAACGGAAACAAUCACAACAAGCACGCCAAGCAUGAUGGAAACAAGCAGGCCAAGCACGACGAACACGAGCACGCCAAGCACGAGCACGCCAAGCACAACGGAAACGAGCACAACGAGCACGCACGACGGAACCAAGCACGAUGGGAACAAGCACAACGAGCAUGCCAAGCACGAUGGGAACGAGCACAACGAGCAUGCCAAGCACGACGGAAACGAGCACGCCAAGCACGACGGACAUGAGCACGCCGGAAACGAGCACACCAAGCACGACGGACAUGAGCACGCCGGAAACAAGCACGGCAAGCACAACGAGCACACCAAGCACGAUGGAAACGACCACAACGAGCACGCCAAGCACGAUGGAAACGAGCACAGCAAGCACAACGGAAACAAGCACGACGGAAAUGAGCACGGCAAGCACGACAGACACAGACACGCCAAGCACAACGAGCACGCCAAGCACAACAGAAACAACCCCAACAAUCACGCCAAGCACAACCGAAACAAGCACAACGAGCACGCCAAGCACAACGGAAACGAGCACAACGAGCACGCCAAGCACAACGGAAACAAGCACAACGGAAACAAGCACAACGAAAACAAGCACAACGGAAAUAAUCACAACGAGCACGCCAAGCACAACGGAAACGAGCACAACAAGCACGCCAAGCACAACGGAAACGAGCACAACGAGCACGCCAAGCACAACGGAAACGAGCACAACGAGCACGCCAAGCACGACACCCACGAGCACGGCUAG